AUACGGCACUCUUUUCAUCAUCAUCAUCAACAUGGCUGCGCCCAUGUCGAAAGGAGGCGUGGAGGUGAAAUUCGUGGGAGAUGAGGACGUUCUUCAGCAUGUGGUGGACAAAAGACCGACGUUAAGAUCAAAUUCUCGGUCUGCAAGAAGUGCAUCAACGCAAAGGACAGUGGGAGUUCUACAUCUGACCAAUCAGGAACAGGACAGCUCUGAGGAGGAAGAUGAACAGGAAGAGUCCAUUCAGCACCCAACAGCACUGGUUGACCAGAAAGGUGUGGCAGGCAGUGAGGUCUACUCUUUCAAGACUCCCAAAAGGACAGGCCAGAUGACCAGAUUAGCUGAAGACUCAGUGAAGAAUCAGACGCCCAAACCAACAAGUGGUAAAACACCUGUUAGGAGAUCCACUAGAAAACCUACAAAAAGAACAAAAGCAUCUUACAGGGCCAGUAGUUCAGAUGAAAGUGAGAGUGAUGACAGUGGAGAAAGUGAGAGCAGUGCAGGGGAGGAGCCAGAGCCUGUCAAACCAAGGAAACCUGCAGUACCGCCCACUGUCACCAGGAGGAGGAGGGGAGGGGGGCAGGAGGAAGUCCUGCCAGAGAUGGUGGAGGAGUAUUUCCACGCCCACGGCGGUGCCAGGCCAGGUCCCACGUCUGACCGGACCCUGUCCAAGCUGCAGAUCCCCCGCAUGGACCAGGCCAGGCUGCAGUCAGUCCUGCAGUACGCACCUGCAGCACACAUCCAGCACCUGCAGCAGCUGUAUCAGCAGCACAGGACUCACUUCCACAAGUGGAUGUUACAGCUCAGUAAUGGUUUCAACUUGCUGCUGUACGGACUUGGGUCCAAGAGAGUCCUGAUUGACCAGUUCAGAACUACCGUACUAAGGGAUACAGUACAGAUGGUGGUGAAUGGGUACUUUCCAAGUAUAACUGUCAAACAUAUUUUGAAUUCCAUAACAGAAGAAGUACUAGAGCACACUGGGAGCUUCAGAAGUGUCCAGGACCAACUAACCUUCAUCAAGGACACUUUUGAAGAAACUGGAGAGGAGUUAUUCCUGUUUAUCCACAACAUUGACGGCCCCAUGCUGCGAGGGGAGAAGGUCCAGUCUGUUCUGUGUCAGCUGGCUCAGGUGGGCGGGGUCCGUAUCAUAGCAACCAUCGACCACAUCAACGCUCCGCUAAUCUGGGACCAGAACAAGGCCAGCAGGUUUAACUGGCUGUGGUAUGACGUGACCUCGUAUGAACCCUACGUGGAGGAGACGUCCUAUGAGAACUCCCUCAUGGUGCAACAGUCAGGCGUGCUCGCUCUCAGCUCUCUUGUACAUGUGCUCAGGAGUCUUACACCGAACGCAAGAGGAAUUUUUCACCUGUUGGCAGAGUAUCAGCUGGAACACAAAGAUGACUCCAGUUACAUCGGUAUGUCCUUCCAUGACUUGUACCAACGUUGUCGAGAGAAGUUUUUGGUCCACUCCCACCUGACUCUACGGGCACAGCUGACAGAGUUUAAGGACCACAAGCUCAUCAGGACCAAGAAGGGUUCAGAUGGAGUGGAGAACUUGUUAAUUCCCCUUGAUGGAGCAAUGUUAGCUGAAUACAUGGAGAAUCCCAUGUCAUAGUCAAGGCAAGAAUGGAGAAAUGAUGAAGAAUGAAUUUAUACAAUUCAUUCAGAAUUUGUUUAUUUUCUGGAAA